GUCAUUACGCCGUUGGAACCUUCAGCUGUCAGACUUUGGCCACCCUAAAAGUGCAGGUUUUGUUAGCAAACUUACUCGAACUGUUCGAACCGCGCCGACUCUCCUCAAAGUUGUGCAUUUACCCACCGAUCGAUCUCCCAGCGCGCGAGCUGCCGGUUGAAGCGCGUGGAUUGCACGAGGAAGAUCCGUUGAGUUUUUUUUUAUCGCUGCUGUUUUUUUUUUUUUUUUUUUUGCACAAGCCAGCGAUCCUGAGCGGGUGUGCGGCUCGAUGCAGGGAGGGAGGGAGUAGAAAAAGGCAAAAGUCUUUGUGCUUCCCUUCCCCCUCAUCAAAGCAAAGGGGAAAUGUCUCUGUCUAAAGGAGGUGAGUGUUUUUCUCACUUAUUUCUCACGCAACUUUGCAUUUCUUCUGAACGCCCGAUGCGCAAAUACGCGCUCAAGUAGUUUAGCUAACCGUGUUUGAGAAAUGUAACCUUGCCAGGUGGAAAGCUGCAUGUAUGAGGGGAGGAAAGAGAAGCUAGCCAGCAUGUCUUUCCUGCUUUCUAUCACUAUACGAAGUCUCUAAACACCCUUGUAUCCAAAGCUACUCAACACAGACACUCUAAAUGUUUGCUAAAUUUAAUUUUAACCCGUUUUCUACAAAGCUAGUCGCAUCGCUUCUGUAACUUCCCGUGUUGUGGUUAACAUGAGCUAACAUCACUCUCACGACAAUAAAGGACUUCUGCCAAGCUGUAAUUAUGAACCAAGUUGCCCCCUUUAGCUGGAAAUCACCGCCCUGGGGAUCAGUUUCUCGCUUUCGGGGAAAGUAAACCACACUGGGACCACAGGUGUUUGUGUUUCUCGGCCUCCACACUCAUGACUGAUCGAUUGUGUUGGGACCCUCUCGGUGUGGGCGCUGAAAUAUUUUUAGCGCCGCGUUCAUCAAAUAUGCAUUUUUCUCCCCCUCAUGUGGUUUGGUAAUGACUUUAUUUUUAUUAAGCUAUGGCACACUCCACUUCCGCUUGUGCUUGUGUUAUAAUUACUGCACUGUAUGUUGAAUAAUAAAACACACGCACACAGACACACACCUUGGAAAAAUCAAGGUCCUUCCUCUGCGUCAAUUGCGCACGCACACACGGGUUGAUGAUGAUGAUGUCAAUUUACAUUUCAAGUUCACCGCUUGUGCUCGUGUUACACAAUCAUACUAGCGUUACCAUGGUCGGGAGUACACACUGUUUUGAGAGGGCUGUGUAGAUUGGCCGGGGUGCUGCUCACAAGCAAUCACAGCCUUCGGCCUACCAUGGCAUGUUUUGACUUGCAGCACCAAUACCUCGAGCAGCAGCCUCUGUCUUUUGUUGACAGUUCACUGGCUGCAAGCAGAGAGUCUAUAGCUGCUACACAGGUUCUGUGCUGUAAUUAUUGUGUGCACCCAAGCAGGCCUGAGGUGUCUCUGUGAGUUUAGUUUUUUCAUUCCUUGGCCACUACAAGGAGUUCUACCCUGGGUGGUCAAGGGUGGAGUGAGUGCAGAGUGCAGUGUAUUGCAUUGCAGGGCUGCUUUUCAUGGUAUUGCUGAGGCAUGUUUGGAGAUUGGGUUCUCCCUCGCAGAGCUGAUAGGGUGGUGCACAAGAUUAUCCGUGCAUGAGUCAUCUUUUUUUUUCUGUAUAUGGACCCACUCCGAGGCUGGAGCUUCCUGAUGGUGACUCGCCAGGCAGCUAUUGACACUUUGAUCCCUCGUGCACAAUCCAGAAAUUCUUGUUCACAUGACGUAUGCAAUUAUUCCACUCCGAAUACUUUCCGUGGAACAUCUCUGGUUUUAUAAGAAUUGCUGCAUUUCCUGUAAAAGUGCACGGCUUAAUUCCCUCUGCAGAUUUUGCGUUCUUGCAUGCGGUGCAAACAUGCAAACGUUUGAGUCCAUUCCUUCUAUCUCUGCACAUGUAUUUUCUUGUAUUGCCUGCACUGACUGACAUCAUGGCGGCCUUAUAUUCUACCAGACUAGAACAUACAGCCGUACCAGUCUUGCAGCAACAGGAUGCCAUGUAGGGCUGAAAACUGCAACCAAAGUUAAAUUUGUGCAAUCUGAAAAUAAAACUAGGAACAUCUGUGCACGGGAAAUGAUUGUCAUGGUGCAACUGUUUCCCACUUCUCAAUACAGCACUUGCUAAUUCAGUGACCAGUGGUUGUUAAGUAAUGCAUGGUUUUUCCCUAUCAUUUACAGUACAAGGCGGCUGCAGCAGCCCUAAUUUCUCAACAGUCUCUCGGCUCUUCCUGUAAGAGUCUCACAGGGUUUCCAUGGGAAAGUCUGAGGACAGCUCUUGGUGAAUUUGUCACUUUUAACUAAAAUUACAGUAUUACACUUGUGGGGUGAAAGCCAAAUUAGUCCAGCACAGCGAAAGACAAAGGAUAGUAUGAAGUUUUCUGCAGAAAGCGUCUUGUUUAUCCUGCAGAUGAGUGUCCUUACACACUGUGCAAAACAUGGAUCUAGUCUCAGCGACACCUUCUACGUCGGCAGAUAUUAAGUUAUAGAAAAACUCAAACAGUCAACAGAUGGGCUUUUUAAAUGGGUGUGCAUGUGGCGUGCAAUGCUUUUGCAGCAAACCUUGAAGCUAGGGCUGGGUGAUACAGGAAAAAAGUUUUAUCAUGAUAUAUUUUUUCAUAUCUGUCGUAAUCGAUAUAUCACGAUAUAAAAAAUGAAAUUUAACAGUGCUUAUUGGUAGCAUGUCUUUUGCAACACGAAAAGCUACUGCAUCUGUGAGGUCUUUGUUUCUCUUCGACGUUUUGCACUUGAGAAAGCGGACUGAAUGGUCGGCUGUUUCGGCUGCACAGGCGCCGUGGGCUCCUUACUGCAGUCGGGGUUUGUAACCUUUUGCAUUGCUCGUGCUCUGCCACAUGACACCUCUUCAGGUGGUGAAAAAGAUUUGAGGUAUUCCCUGAUUUUGUGAGAACAUGCACUCAACAUAAAUUGCAAUGUACAUUACUGUGUUUCAUGUUGGACCAUAGACUGUAUAUACUACGGACAACUUGGUUCUGCCUCUCGCUAGUAUAUAGAUUUGAAGCCAAAAAGCUCUCAGUAUUUCUGGGACUUUAACCAGCGCUGCGCAGUAGCGAUACGCGCAUUCACCGAGAGUAGCUGUGAUGAUGCUCGGCUCAAACAGCGUAUCCCCCGGGUGAGCUACGCAAUCCCUGAAUGCCAAUAGGUUGUAUCAAGUGUCAAUCAAAGCAAACAUGAACCCCCUAAUAACUUUUAAAAAAGGAGCUGUGCAGAAAAAAGAGGACUUGAGCACAAACCAGUCUGACUGUAACUACAUGUCAACAUUACAAGCAGGGGGGAGAAACAUUUUUAUUCUGUGUAAUAAGUUUCUAAAGUUUGUCCACAGCUCCAUAAGCUUUGUGGGCGGAAGCAGGAUUUAUGACCUAUACUGCAGCCCACCAAUAGAGGGUGCUGUUCUCGGAGUGGCUUCACCAGCAAAGAGGCAGACUCUGUCCAUUCUUUUUACAGUCUGUGGUUGGACCUCAAAAAACCCAAAAUACCUCCACACCUCCGACGUUUUCGUGCCAGUGUUGUCGAGCCUUCAUCUGCAUUACUAGUUUUCUUUUUUUCUCACCAACAGUGCUGUCGGCUUCAUGUGUCAAAGUGCUAUGGUUGCUUUUAGCUGCAGCCCGCUACUACGCAGUUGUUCUCUACCUGGUUCUAAUUCAGCACACUGAUUGGUUCAGCACGAAGCAGGCCCAGAGCAACUCCCCUUUUCAUUGGCUAGUCAUAUAGUCUACCAAAACAUGUCAGAAUGCCGACUAUCAAAAACCAUAUUGACCAUGUUUUAUAUUGAUAUCGUGGUAAAUUAAUUUUUGAUAUACAGUACAGGCCAAAAGUUUGGACACACCUUCUCAUUCAAUGCAUUUUGUUUAUUCUCAUGACUAUGAAUGAACACAUGUGGAAUCACGUGCUUAAGUAAAAAGUGUGAAAUAACUGAAAACAUGUUUUCUAUUUUAGAUUCCUCAAAGUAGCCACCCUUCCCUUUUUUGAUAGCGCUGCAAACUUUUGCUGUUCUCUCAAUGAGCUUCAUUAGGUCUUCACCUGAAAUGGUUUUUACUUCACAGGUGUGCCUUGUAAGGGUGUCUAUUUUAAAGAAACUGGAAUAGAAAACAUAUUUUCAGGUAUUUCACUCUUUUUUUUUGUAAGUAGAAAAUCCUAUGUGUUCAUUCAUAAUUUUGAUGCCUUCACUGAUAAUCUACAAUGUAAACAGUCAUAUAAAAAAAUAAAGAAAAGACAUUGAAUGAGAAGGUGUGUCCAAACUUUUGGCCUGUACUGUAUAUCGUUAUCAUUUUCUCGCCCAGCCCUACUUGAAGCCUUAUAGUUUUAUUUUUUUGCACAAGGUCCCAGCAAGUUUGGAAGGAAGCAUGCCGAUCUCUAAAUGCACGUCAUAUCUGCGGAUUGGUUGUCUGCACGAGACAGCUGUCACCAUAACAGACUCUGGAGUAAAGUUGAUUUCAUAUCGCGAUAAACCUCUCGGCUAUAUACAGCAACACCAGACUCCACGAUCAAAUGUCCUGAUUUUGUUUCAUGCCUGCACUCGCGUCCAUAUUCAUACUCACUGCGUCUGUUUGGUAGUGACCUCAUGUCUUGGUUACAGCGUGUUCAUGUUAUACUAAAAUGCACGAACAAGCAUAAGUAUUGCAGAAGAAUACAUGUCAUGUACAGGACAUUUAUCAUUGAAGUGAAAUUAAGCUCCCGAAGUCCCAGUCCCGCAGCGAUGUUGUCUAAUAAUAGACCUGCUAAUAUGGAUAUUGCUUUUAUGGUGCGCCUGGUGCUUGAAGUUUGGAGCACUAAUGCGACCAAGUAAAAAAAAAAGUUAACUUGGAGCGCUGCUAUGUGAUCCUGGCCUCACUUGGCCCUUACAGGGAUAGCAAGCAGCAAGCACAGUGAAGUGACAUCAUAUUUCCCAUUGGGGUCCUGACAGUUGUUGUGUUUUAAGCGGAUGUGUCGAGACUGACUGGCUGUGAGUCACGUCCAACUCCGCAGUCUGAGCUCCAGGGUCUAACUUUAUGGGACAUUAAAAUCAAGUUAAAACUUUCUUUUAAAGUUUGUGUAUUUUGCGUGAUUGUUCAGCACAAUCAGACGAAUCAAACAGCUUUUAGACAUCUGUGCCAUGACAGAUGUUUUUGCCCUGCACCCUCAUGUCUGCUGUUGCCCUCAUUGUGUUAACAAAAGGUUGUCUUGUUGGUCGGGUCAUCGGAAGGCUUUGAGUGCUCUCGCUUUAUCCCACGCAGAGGAAACACAAAGUCUAUUUUUGACUGAGCAUGUGUGAGUAAAUCACACUUCAAUCUCUCCCUACCACAUGAGACUGCUGCAGUCUGUCCAGCAGCCACUGUGGGACUAUUUUAGGGCUGCAGCACAAAAUGGACCUGUCUGACAUUUCAAUGAAAGGCCAUAGAAUCUAAAAAUCUGAGCAAAACUUCACUUCCCUUCCAGCUCAUUCUGGUAAGAAGGGGUUUACCCAGUCGUACUUCCUCCACACAGGAGUGGUGUGACUCACUAAACAGCAAAUACAAGCCCACAGUAUUAAUGAGAGCUAAUCAUACCAACGGGAUGACCCAUUGCUAACUUGUUGCAGAGGGAAGGUGACUUGCUUUGUCUGCACAUUAAACCAGUUUCUCUUAACUGGGGUAGAAUAAUUGCACGCAGCAGAACAAGACCAGGAAAUAACCUGCCAGGCCCAGUGGGCCAGAUUGUGGCCGUGUCCUGGCACGCAUGCACAGAGGUCAAGAGAAGUGCUCCGUUUUCCCUGCCGACCUUGCACAGAAAGCGAACACGCUGAACACGACUGCCCGUAUGGAGAGUUGUUUUUCCUGUGUUGCUGCUCGUAGGCCCGGUAGCUGUGUCAUUCUGGCAGGGACUCGUGGCCCCUUGUGGGAAGUCCCACAGGCUGCUGGUAAGCCGUGUUUAUGAAUGAGACUGCUGUCACUGAUUUAACACAGAGUCUCCAGGGCUGCACAGUGAACGACACCUCACUCCACAUAACUGCAAAAACAUAAAGAUCUUGACAGUAGAAAAUGAAAAUGUAAACAUUUCAUAUGAAAAAAAAAAUGACAGGAAAGAAAAACUUGAUUCCACAUAACUCCUCCUCCCUCUUUCCUAACCCCCCUUCAAUUUUGAGUCAUCAUACCAAUGUCGAUUAGUCACUUAGUCCACCUUCCUUCCAUUGCAGGGCCUCAGCUUUGAGCUUUGGGUACACCUAAUCUCUGCUUAGAUAACAGAUCAUUUGCUAUAGUUUGUGUCAGAGACAGCUGCAAAUUGAUUGUAACCUUGAAAACAAUUCGAGAGCAAAAUGAGACCCCCUCUCUGGAAGCAGAUGUGAACUCACAUGAAUAACAAGCGCAGGGUAUUAAAUCUGAAUUAAACCUUUUACCGGAUCCGUCUGGAGAUGCAUUUUGCAAACACGCCCGGUAAUAGCCGCUUGUUCUGCUGCUGAAUGCAUCUUUUUGAUCACCUUAUCCUCUCAAUUGUUUUGUCUCACAGGGAAGAAGAAGCUUCCUGGGCUGAAGAUCCCCAGUGAAGUGUUUGCGCAGCCCCCACCAGCAGCAGCAGCAGCGUAAGGCUCCUUUUCUGUCCGGAGUAUUUUAAUAUCGGGGUUAAUGUAUCCCAGUUCUGCAACAUAAGUUCAUCUCAAAAGAUUAGAAUAUAAGCAGAAGUUUUAAGAUUUUUAACCAGUUACUUGGAAAAAUGAAUAUGAACUUUUCUGAAUUUAAUAAGAGAAAUUAGAGAUAAACCAAAACGUUUCCUGGAUUUUUCUCUAAUUUCUAAAUUUACGGCUUAGACUUCAAAAACUUUAAAUAAACGUUGUCAAAUUUAAGAAUUUGGAGGUCUGCAUUGAGAUUGGGAUCUCGGAGGUCCUGUGGGAUCUGAUACAAAUCUCACAGGUGUAUGCAGAAGCAGACAGUCCAAAGACAUACGGACUCAACCAAUGACUUUGAAAAGAUGAGUCUAGCUUAAUUUUUACUAGUGUAUCGUAUCGUAUCAUAUGUUAUAUUGCAUCAUAAGUAACUUUUUCAUUUCCAUCAUUUAACCGGGUAUCCGCAGGUAUCCACUAAUUGAAAUUUAAGGCAUUAAAAUGUCUAAAGAUCUCUUGAAAUGUAAUAAAAUGUCUUAAAUACAAAUUUGAAAGGUCUUAAAAAUGUAUUAACUUUAACAUACAAAUAAUAAACAUUCCAAAGAAAUAAAGAUUAUUUUAAAGUGAUGUAAAAUGUUCCAAUUUCCCUUUGUGUCUUUUGUACUUUUUCUGGCAGUUUAGAUUUCAAAUGAGUCUUGAUUGUAUUCAUCACGGCCUUUGAAAAAUCUUAAAUUUAACUUGUUCAAACCUGCAGAAACACCGUUUGAAACAUCUCAUCUAAAACGCAGUAUUCCUGAUAUCUUUCAUUCUCCGUUACAAAACACGAUGUUUUUCAAAUUUCCAUGAAACAAAAUUUGCUAAACUUACACCUGCCGACUAAAAUGAUGCCUCUAAAGAGCCAGGGAGUGACUGAACUCUGGUAUUGAUUUGUGUUUACUGUAGACAAUAGCGUUACAUGAGAGCUCAAACAAAAACAAAGACACAGAGAUGACCCAUGGCUGCUAGCUUGUUGGUCCUGUUUGCAUUUGGGAGGGGCUAGAGAAGUUCACGGCAGCCCUUCAGCAGAUGUUAUUUGGAGUCAGUUUGGAAGUGCAGAAUGAGGCAUCUAUAUUUUAUAAAAAUAUUUUAAGGUAUUAUUUACCCACAGUGCUUGAAAACUCACUUUUAUAAAUCAUCAUGUAAGAGGUGAAUAAAGAAGUGUAAAGCUGGAUUUUUUGAACCUCUUCUCUCCCUGCAGCCCCCCUCGAGAUCUCGACUCUAAAGCUUGUGUCACGAUUGGAGAUCAGGUAAACGUCGUCCUGCAGCCCUCUGAAGCGUGCAUUCCCAUUUCUUUGUUUUCGUUUCCGCUGAGCACCCGCAUACAUUAAUGUCGCAUUUACCUCCUUCCUCCUACCAGAACUUUGUGGUGAAGGCUGAUGACUUGGAGCAGAUUGCAGAGCUGGGGAGGGGAGCGUACGGGGUGGUGGACAAGAUGAGACAUGUGCCCAGUGGGGUUAUCAUGGCUGUCAAGGUAGGCUGAGAAGCUCCUGCUCAGGUUACCAUCUCUGUAAAUGCAUCACGCUUUUGAAAAUAGCUCCAUCACGACUCGAAGAUGUUUUUAACAUUCGAGCUCAAGUACUAAACAUUCGGAUGAGAUCUUCCAGACUUCUGUUAUGUUACACGUUACUGGACACCGGUCCAUUUCGGCUAUAUCUGCUCCUCGAUGACACCGACGGCCUAAUGUGUGACGUUUGUGUCCUCAGAGGAUUCGUGCCACAGUCAACACUUUGGAGCAGAAGAGACUCCUGAUGGACUUGGACAUUUCCAUGAGGACAGUCGACUGCUUUUACACUGUCACUUUCUAUGGCGCCCUCUUCAGAGAGGUGAAUAAACUGUGACGUAUGAGAUAUAUACACACGAGUUAUUGUUUUAUUGUUCUUGUUUCUCAUUCUUGGGUUGCGUGUAUAUUCUUCAGGGUGAUGUUUGGAUCUGCAUGGAGCUGAUGGACACAUCUCUGGAUAAAUUCUACAAGAAAGUCAUUGAGAAAGGCAUAACGAUCCCAGAGGACAUCCUGGGAAAGAUCACAGUAGCAGUAUGGACUCUUCUUCAUUUGAAUAUACUUAAUUUACCUGUUUAUUUACUGUGUAUUUUUAUAGGGACAAAUCUGAAACUACAUGACACGGCAUCCAGGAUUUCAAAAACGAAUGUCAGAUGAUGAUUUGUCCGAUUUCACGAUCGUUUUCUACAUAUAUUAAAGAUAUUUUUGAGCCCAUGUGGAGAUUUCCACUACAGAGUCAUGCCAUUAUUAAUGCAGUGUGAAGUUUAUUUGUCUGUAGAAGAUAAAAUUAUCCUGAAACUGCCCGAAUAUUUGCUCCUGCAGUCUUUCACAGAGUGGUGAACCUGAUUUUCUCUCGUUAUUUCACAGAUCGUUAAGGCAUUAGAGCAUCUGCACAGUAACCUGUCAGUGAUCCACAGAGGUAACGAGAAGAUGACAUCACCCCGGAGCACAGAUAACUGUUUAUUGUUCUUGGUUCGCUUUCAUCCGCUCAUCAUUUUUUUCCCUUCCAGAUGUGAAGCCCUCCAAUGUUCUGAUCAACACCAGGGGCCAAGUGAAAAUGUGCGACUUCGGCAUCAGCGGCCACCUGGUGGAUUCUGUGGCCAAAACGAUGGACGCAGGCUGCAAGCCUUACAUGGCGGUGAGUGCCCGCUUUAGUUCCUAUCAAGCUUGUUUCACCAACUAUUUAAAGGUAGGAGCAUAAAUGUUAUUUUUGUUUCUUAUGUGUUUUAUUAUUACAUUACAGCCUGAGCGCAUCAACCCUGACCUCAACCAGAAAGGCUACAGUGUUAAGUCAGACAUCUGGAGUCUUGGUAUCACAAUGGUGAGUGUCUCCAACAUCACAAGUUUUAUCUUAUAAACAUUGACAUCAGAGGUUCAAAGAUGGCACACAUGCCCACUUAUCAUAUUAACAUAGAAGACCCUGAUACAGGCUCUUCAUCAUUUUAAACACAUUCAUGAUUUUAGUCUAUUACUCACACAGAUGUUAGUAGCCCAAGUCUAGCGGACCCUCUCAUAAGACUGUGAUUCUUCUGGAGUUUUGGACGUGGAAAGUUGACUCAUGGGACUUUAAAUAUCCAUGAGGAUGUUAGUUUAGUUAAGACAGAUUUUAAAUGAAUAGAAAAAUAAAGAUUUUAAACCAUGACAUACUUGUGCCAGAAGAGACAUUAGACUGCAUAACAACAUAUAUAUGAAACAGGAGCCACUGACUGUUUUAGAUGUAAGAUGAUGUUAUUUAGGAUGGGAAGAAUGAGUCAUCAAGUAUAAGAGAUGAUGGGGACAUCAUCCAUGUUAGGGCUGAUGCUGAUGAUGUGCUGAUUAUACUAAAAAUAUCAAUAAUUGUUUGACUAUAUAUCUCCUCGAGAUGCAGACCUGAUGUGAUCAAACUCCAAAGCAACAUAAUAAUCUGUAAUCAGCCUCCUGUUUUAGGUGUUUAGGAAGCCAUGUUUUAGUGUGUUUUCACUACAAAGGCCGAAGCCAGCUAUAACACUUCUAUUUUUUCACAAUUAAAACCUGAAAUAUGUAUAGCUAUAUACCCGUAAUUAUUUGUCUCUGUACUUAAAAACUGGAAUUGCAGCAGCAGGGCAUCGUCCUUUCCUGCAGGCUGCACGCAAGCUGGCAUUUAUUAGUUGCUAUGGUAACUGAGACACACUGAAACUCUCUUACUGCUCCUCGGUACACUUUACAUAAACAGAUAAAUAAAUAAAGUCAUAAUACAGAAACCUAAUUUAAUUAGAGAUGGAUGAUUAAUCGUUCGACUCAUCCCACAGUCCCUCGUGGCAGCACUUCACCUGCUCUCACAUGAUCAGUAUCGGCAUCAGCCACUGAUUUAAUCACACUGUAUGACAGGAAACUGAAGAGGCCACUUGUUGCACAUGAUGAGACUAAGUGUGGUUGUACUGUUGAAAGAUACAGAUCUACAAUUAAGGAGGUUACAUCUAGAGGACUAAAGAGCGGCUAAACGGCAGAAAAUGAUGCUAAAAAAUCAGAGAUUGGUGAUGAAGAAUUCAUUCAAGUUUUUAUACUCAAAAUUUCUGCCUUCACUCAACUUAUUACAUGUCCCCUGUGCUUGAGGGGUCAGGGAAGUUUUUGUCUCCACGUCCCUGCUCCUAAAUCGGCCUUUCCCCGUCUUUUUAGAUCGAGCUGGCCAUUUUGAAAUUCCCCUACGACUCCUGGGGGACCCCGUUCCAGCAGCUAAAGCAGGUGGUGGACGAGCCGUCUCCACAGCUGCCCGCCGACCGUUUCUCCCCGGAGUUCGUAGACUUCAUCUCCCAGUGGUGAGUGUCACACGGAUACUGUGCAGACUUCCUCGGUUGUUACUUUCUCAUCCAGCCCUCUGUGAGGUUGCACUGAUGUCCAGCAGGGGUCAGUGUCUGCUCUUUGUUUGCUUAGCAAGAUGGUACAACCCACGCCAGAGUGUAAUGAUCAUGUCUUUUAGCUCUUUAGAGAUAUUUUUAUAUAUAGAGAAGGUUUUAAAUUGAGGAAAUGUGUCCUCUUUUUUUGACUUUUACAUCCUUCUUUUAUUUUGCAGCUUGAGAAAGAAACCAAACGAGAGACCAGCUUAUACAGAAUUAAUGGUAAGUUUAAUUGUACAAAUUUCUCAUUCACUCUUCUUCACUUUCUUCUUGGCUACUGUAAACAUCCUGGUUGUAAUGUUCAGAGUAUUGAUCGCCACAAGAAGCCAGGCGUACGCUGUAGACUCAGCCUCAUUCAAACCCUCACUUGUCAUUUUAAAACAACUUGUCUUUUCUUUUACGGUGCAGCAACAUCCUUUUUUCACUCUGCAUGACGCCAAAGAGACAGACGUGGCCAGUUUUGUCAAGGUCAUCCUGGAUGACUGAUGGGCUCUGAUCUGGCUCCGCCCUCAUCAGGGUAGGCGGGACCUCUCAGCAAAACAAACCAAUGGCCUACCUUUUUUCUCUUUUUCCUUUUUUUUUUUUUUUUAAACUCACUGGAAUGACAGACUCUCAUGCACCCGCACACGACAGAGGGAGGGGGGGGAAUGACCUAAAGACUGACAGCAGCCAAGCAGCACUGGAGUGGGGGGUGUGGCGGUAAUAUGAACUUGUGCGCUCAAAAAAAACAAAACAACAAAAAAAAAAAACCCAACUGGAGAGGUUUAAUUUGCUCCUCCAAGCAUCCUGUGUGUGCAAUCAUUCAACAUGAUGGAUAUGAACUGAUCCAGCUUUUGCUGUUUUUUCUCUUCUUUUUUUUCCCUUCCUUUGUUUUUGCCCCACUGCCCCCUUUAUUUUUAUUUUUUAUCUUUCUCUUCAGAAACGGACAGAGCCAGCCAUUAUUUCUUUGUGACACAUAUUGUAUGAAUACUUUGAAUUUCAACUGCAAAAACUCAUCAGUUAUGUGUAUGUUGUCGUGUAUUGAAAAGCUAUAUUUGCAUAUGCGUUUGUAUGUUUUUUCUCAUUAUAUACAGAGUUUUGAUACUGUAUAUCUGCGACAAGUGUGAAUUUUACCAGACUAGGGCCUUAUUGUCACACUGCAUCAGGUGAACAGUUCCAGCUGCCUCUGCUCUAAAUCGAUCGGUCGGCGCGGGGGGCGGCGGGACGAGCCUUAGGAACUCCAACGCGGGGGGACAAAAACGUAAGAAAUGUCAAAGGUCGCAUUCUGGACUGGACAAGUUUCAUUCCUAGAUCUCUUGGCGAGGCAGAGGCAGGAAUGUGAAGCGUCAGAUCAGAUACCAUCUGAACUCUUAUUGAUCCGAGCUGAGGCCCCUCAUGCAGCGACCCCUCUUUACUCUCCUUCUCUCUUUGGUAUUUACGAGUCAACAUCAUCGCUGCCAUCGUCGCUACCUGGAAGUAUUCAGGGGGUUGCCUAAUCAAGCUCACAGCUUUAUCUUUAUUUUUAUUUUUUUUCUCUGUGCCAUUUUUCAGAUCGUUCUCAUGAAUUACUGCAUUAAUUGUAUUUUUUUUUUGUCUUUAUUUUUUCUGGCUUGCAUUUUGAUUUAUUUCAGCAGCAUUUAAACUUUAUUUCGUCUACCUUGAGUCAGCAUAGUCUUUCCAUACGAGGCACUUAUGUUUAUUUGUUUCCCUAGAGAGCUUAUUAUUAUGCAUUACACAGACAGUAUGUUAGGGGAAUAAUUUAUGUGUUGAGGAUGUAAAUACUAUCUCCUUUUUAAUGUAACAUGGCACUGUCCUAACCUGGCAGUGCUGCUGAGUGGUAGAGUGGUUGGUAUUAGUUAGUUUUAAUGCAGUGUGACCUGUCAUACACAAACACUUGUACUCGCAGGGCCAGCUGACUGUUGUACACCUAUUUUGGAGUGAUGUGCUGUCAGGCGCCACCGCUCAGGUUUCUUUGCUCUCCUUCGUGCGGAGACGACCCCAUUUAUUUUUCCCUAGGUCAUACUCUCCUUGAGUGCUGGACCGAGAGCCUCUUUUCAGUCCUCGGUGGGCAGCCAUUAUCUCUUCUGUAUGGCCAUACUAUGCAGAGCCUGCUCGCCUUGGACACAAAGCGAGAGACCCUUUGCAGUUAUGUGGCGGUUAUUUUUCCUGCUCCAAGUGUUCAGAGACUGUGACGAUGAUGGUGGUGACGACAGUGAUGAUUACUGCCAUGGGUCCAUACAUGGCCUGAGGUCAUCGCCUCUCCGGUUUACACUGUAGUGCAACCUUUAUCAAAAGUCAGUGAGUCAGGAGUAUUUAUGAUUGUGAAUAAUAAGGGAAAGCUAGCAACACCACAAAGAAGCUGCUGUUAUUUUUGUUUUUAUUUUUCUUUCUCUUUUUUUUUUGUUUUAGUCGGCCUUCUUUGAAUGGCCAUUCCCUUGGUGUGUAAAAGUGAGUUUUCACGCUGAUCACAAUGAGAAUGGAACACUUGCUCUACCUCUUACUCCUUCACUCUAUUUGCCACCUUUUCAUUGGGUGGGACUGACAAACUUGAACUAUGGAAAGACAAAAAAAUAAAGGCUUUAUUGUUCAGUA